GUCAGGUCAAAUUCCCUACGUAUAUUUGUAAUUCCCGUUCAAAUACACCACGUAUUGGGAAAAAUUGGAGUUCAAAUACCCCACCCCAUGUACGAAUUGGAAGCUACAGCAUUUCGCAAUUUUGGAAUUUCAAAGUUUUUCUUUCCUUCUAAAACUCUCUUCAAUCGUUCAAAGUCGUUUUCUUGUAGCCAACCAAGGACAAAGUUAAUUCCUUUGCACUUGAAGACCUUGAACUCAUCCAUUAAUUAUUGACGCCAUUUUGGAUUCUGCACACGUGUUUAAUUAAAAGAAAAAUUCAAAUUCCCGACCCCCUUCAAAUUUCCCACCUUCCACUAGAAAAAAAGGUCAAAUUCCCGCCUUCUUAAAAUACUAAACAAGCAAAUUCCCCAGGUAUGCCCGGGGGGGGGGAAUGUCAAGGUUUCGAUUUGAUUCGCGCAUAAAUCAGGAUAAAUGUAAAGCAUAUCACCACAGAGUAGAUACAGAUAUCACUUUCAGUAUGCUAUAUUAUGGUUAUGAUGUCAGCUAGUCGUUACGAAUAUCGUUUAAUAUGCUUUACUUUUAUUAUAAAAUAACCUGAAAUUUGUCAACCAUAUUAAAUUGGACAUGUUUCAACAUUUCGUGACUGCGACGUCAGUACAUAUUUUUGGGAAAUAUCUUAUAAUACAGUGAUAUAUUAUGGCAUUUAUUUUACUGUGGAUUUCGCUGACGAUUUUAACCAGGCUUUCAAAUGCUUCUUUGGACAGUAGUGGAGGUAUGCUUUCAUUUUUAUGUAUUUUAGAUGGAAUCAUGGGAUAUUAAUAAUCCAUCUACCGAUCUACGUUCAGAUCAUAGGUUCAGAUGUCAGAUACCCCUAAACCUUGAUAUUUCCCCAUGUAUGGGACUUCAGUGGCGAAGUGGUCAAUGUGACUCAAACCCAGUCCUCAUGUGAAAAGAGUAAAAAGUCAACGCUCUGCCGAAAGUCGUGGGUUUUCUCUGGGUAGUCUGUGUUUCCUCCCACAGGGAAAGUUGACAGGGUGGGGUAGGCACAUAGGUCUGGAGGCAGAACAUUAAUGAUGUAUGGACUAAUAGCAGCCGCUCAAGCGCCAUCUGUAAGCUCAAAGUCAAGAAAUUGUGGUAAUGCAGUCAGCAGUUGGACUAAAAAUCUUCAUAGUUAUUGUCUGGCUAAUCAAUUGGGGAAAGUGCUGUAUAGAAUUUCUAUUUUCUACUCAGAUCAUGACCAGACAUGACAGUUUUUUGAAGUCUUAGUAAUAAAUAGGAUUCAAAACUGAUGUGUAUGGCCCACAAUAAAUUAGCACUGCAGAGAACUACCUCGUUCUUUAUUAAUAAAUCCCAUUUUAUUCGCCCAACUAUAAAGACAGCUUUAAUUUUUGAAUUGGACUAUACCAGGACAAAAAUAAAUAUGAUGCAGGUCCAGGGGUGUAGGAACCGGAGGGGGGCACAGGGGGCACGUGCCCCCCCCCCCCAAUUUUUUCAAAGGAUGAAAAGUGCCCUUUUUGUACAAGGUAAUGUCGCUGUAAAUACUAAAUUAGGGAUGAGCCGAUAAGGAAAAUUGCUGAUUACUGAGGCCGAUUAUUUAUAAGUCGAUUAUCAUAACUAAUCGGCCGAUUAAUCGGUACCUGCUGAUUAUUUUAAAAAGCAAGAAAAAAAAUACAAGAUGACUAACAAUGAAGUUGUAAAUACAGUUAUAUUGUUUACAGUACACACUAAAUCAGCUUCAAUCUUGCAUGUCAACAGUCAAAGUUUAGUUUUGGCAGAUUAUGAUGUAAAAACAGGAUAUUCUCAGCUUUAUGCAGAGCUAGUCUGCUGCAUUAUUCAGUGGAAAUGUUCCCAGCCUCACUGAACACACAUUACAAAUAUAUGCAUUUUAUUAGAAAUAUCAGGAUUCGUUUAAUUUAAGCCAAUCAGAAAACAGAAUAUGGUAUGACUCAACCACAGAAUAACAACUCAACGCAUAGGCAUGCAUUUUUUUGAUAUGCUACCUUUUUUAUCUUAACAAAACGGCUCAGUAAAAAUUACAAUAAGAAAAAGAAUUUUGGAAAUUCUAAAAAUACGUUUUUGCAAUUAAUAACAUCAUAAUCUGUUGCCAUAAUAACAUAAGUGAUAACAUGAUACCAUCCACCUGUAAAAGUUUCAUUGCACCACAUGGUUCAAGAGAUAUGCGUGGGCACUUCCACCCCCCCCCCCUCCCCCUACCCCUACCAGUCCCAGAAGACCCAAAAAAGCCCAGUCUGGCCCAUAGCUUAGAAUAAGUUUUCAGAACUUGUUAUGUCAUAUGUCAUGUCAUGUUAUUGUAUAUAGUUAUGUUAUGACUCUCCGAUUUAUUAGAAACUCUCUCCAAUUCGCGGGAUAUCAGCUGAACUUUCCAGGCGUGGGUUACAUGAUGGCAUACUACACCAAAGUGCCUGAUAUAUUUACCUGUUACCUGUACCUCUAGUCAUUUACUGUCACUGCAUUGCUGUUUCGACUCAUCUGAACCAGAAUGGCAGAAUCUGAAAAAUGUUAUUAAGAGUCGUCGAAACUAUUAUCAUGAUCAAAUACAAAUCUGUGUGUUAGAGAAUAUUGUUGGCUUUAUGGCUUAUACGUGUGUGUGGGGUAUAUUCAGAGGUUUAUGCUAUAUAAUUGAUAUACCACAAAUGCAAAACUGUACUGAUUUUCUAUUUCAGGGUCUGUCUAUAAAGUACCACAGCAAUUUUCUUCCAGUAGGAUGAUAUGGUGGCAUCCUUAUUACAGUCUGAAAGAAUAUCAAUCAUUUCAAGAUGCCAAAAUUUAUGCCUUGGAUGUCCCAGUAUACACAAGUGAAAUGAUAUUGUCAUUUCAUUAUCAGGGAAUGUAUUUACAUUCUCAUAAACCAUGCAACAACAGUAUUAUUGUGUAAGUACAAAAUCUGUAUUAUAUUUGAUGUUUAUUUUUAUACAUUGAAAAAAGAUGCAUAGUCUGCAUGCAGGGUUCCCAGUACAAUUUGGAGUAGGAGGCUUUUUGAAAGAAGUAUGGGCGCUUAUAUGGUGCUGAAGAUACCUCCUCGAGGGGAGUUCGAGGGCGUCUCCUCGUGAAGAUUUAAAUCUGAAAUGACAUUUCCAAAUUCCAUUUCCAUUUUUUUUCGAGAGUAUUUUUUUUUAGUUUUUGAUAUCCGAAUAUUUAGCCAAGUAGAAAACCUUCCCUUGACAUUUCUUUGGCAAGGAGGCAAUAUUUGGUUUACAGUAUAAUCAGCUAGAUACAGGGUAAAUAACCGCCGAUUGUCAGCGCUAUAGACGGCAAAAAUUGCUGUGUGGCCAGUCUGUAGGCUUAUAUUGGGAACCCUAGCAUGAGUCAAAAUUUUACAUUUUAACUGAGACUAAUAAGGAAAAAAUAGGUACACAAGCGUACACCGCGGUGAAAUAAGAGUCUGUGUUGUAUUACUUCGCUUUGCAUGUAUGAAAUAUUAAGGCUUUGCAUGUCCCAAAAAUAAUGAUUCUCGAAGUUUGCAGUUUGCACCACUAUGCUCCAAAGUUCCAAACCUGAAAGAAUUUUUUUUGAAAAUAAGUUAUUGUCCAGUUAUACACCAAUUAAGAAAUUCUCAAACAGAUCUGGUACUUCCAUUCCCAAAAUCACAAUUUAAGAAAAAGACCUUCAGUUAUAGUGGAGCAACUCUUUACUCUUUGGAAUAACUUAUCAAUUACUGCAAAACAAUCCAAUUCUAUGAGUUGUUUCAAAAGACUAAUGAAGCUACAUUUUCGAAAACAAGUAUGUAAAUAGUUUUGUAUGUAUGUUUGUUGUUAUUUAUGUUUGCUAAUUGUCUAAAGAAUAAUUAUGUAAAUAGUUUGUAUUUUGUAUAUGUAUUAGUCUUAAUCUUGCAAGUCCCCUAUGGAAAUCAUCGAAAGAUGUUAAGGCUAACGUGUUUAAAUAAUUUUUUAUGUAAGUAUGUACAGUAUAUGUAUGUACUAUAGUCAUGUAAAAAUCAACACAAACUGUAUGCAAAAUAUAUUCAUAAUUUUAGACAUAAUGUAUAUUUAAUGCUUUAAAAACGCGUUUGUUAUUCACGCAACAGUAACUGCAGUGAAAUUUAAAUUGCGUGGUACAGUAGAUGUUUAAUAUUAGACAGAUUUAGAUCGAGGACGCGGACACAGAGUAGAUAAGACAUACGGAGACGUAACUGACCGUUGUAAACACUGCGGAAGAUUACGUUAUCAUGUACCCACUUUUUUUCAGGCAGGCGAUCGGGCGAAAAAUGAUCAACUGCGCGUGCUCAGCAAGUUUAAAGUGAGUCGUCAUCAGGUCGUCAUCCAAUCAGAUGCAUGCAUCUAGUAACUUGCCGAGCAUGCGCACAAAAAAAGUGGGUACACUAGUUACGUCUCUGUAUGUCUCUACCAGCUCUGUGACGCGGACGUCAAAGUCAAAGACGACGUGAAAAUGGCGUGGCAUAUCCAUACAUGGGCACAACACGCCAUUUUCACGUCGUCUUUGACGUGCAAGCAACGUCAUUGUCAACUUUUGUCGUGCAAGCAACGUCAUUGUCACCACGGACGUCAGAUUGUCGAGGGGGGACUGGAUUAAAAACUGUGUUUGUAUCAGUUUGUGGUAAUCUUCAACACAUCUGACAAAACAUAAGAUUUUUAAAGUUUUUUACUUCCUUACACGAGCGCUAUUCUGCAAAAUGCCGCCAAAAUUAGUUCUACCGAUUUUCGGGUGACGUCGGUGGUGACAAAAACGUCGUUUGUUUGAGCUCACUAUUACGUCUGAAUAAACGCAAUACUGUAGCGCAUUGGUUUUGCCGAGCCAAAUUUUCAACCCAAGUUGAACGUUUCAGUGAGAAUAACUGCGGUGGAAUUAAAAAUUCACGUUAUAUGAUAUACAGGGUUCGUAUGUCAUAGAAAACUUGGAAAUCCUGGAAUUGUCAGUUUCAGUCGUGGAAAGUCUGCGUUGAAAAAACAAUUGAUUAAACCUGUUUAAAUGACGUUUUUGUUGUGUGUUCCAUUUCUAAAUGCAACCACAGUCUCCUACGCGUCAAAAAGAAGACAUAAUCAACAUUUUAAAUUGUUGAAAGAAGCAAUGAAAAUAGCUCUAUUUCGAGACUAAUAUACUGUUGUAUAUCGUUUCAGUUCUGGUCUGAGAUUUCAUUCCGGUUUAAGCUGAAAUUUUAAACUCGGCCUGGGCUGAAACUCGCUACUCGCUAUGCACUUGUAAGACAAUUUCAACUUGGCUAGCCGGGUUAAAAUUCAGUCCGCGCUGAAAAGUCUUCAUGUAAUCCACCCCUAAAAAUUGCAUUAUAUUCACAAAGCCAUAAGGAAUAGAUUGAAAUGAUUCUUAAUCUGUUUUCUAAACAUUGUAACAGACUCUUUCAACAUGGCAGUCCAGCAAUACCUUACAGAGAUGAAAUUCACACAGAUGGUUGGCUUUACAAUAAUACAGAUCAUUAUGAGACCACAGUAAGUCUACGUCAUGUUCAAGACGAGAAUAUUUCAUCACCAUUGCCUGGCAAGUGGUAUGUCACAGUAUUUCUUCCCUAUGUAGAGAAGGUGAAGAAAAUCAAAGAAAAGGUACUGGUUAGGGACCGCUCAUUAUUUAUUAUUUAUCAAAGAGAAAUAUAAUUGUGUGCGAAACAUGAGAAUGCAAACAGAUUCUGUUAGGAUCUUGAAAGAAUUCUUGAAAGAUUGAAUGUAUUGUUAGGAUUGUUCUUGAUUUUGCCAGGAAACUGUUAGGAUCUACUGUACAAGAUUCUAUAGUUAUACGCUUUCUAACGGCAACUAAGUGAACUAACACUGUCUUUUAGGUAGUCUUUGGCUAUCUGAAAUUGCGUGUAUAUGUUGUUUCGCUGAAGCUGUAGUCUGCACUCAGCGGUGCUUGUCAGGUUCAGCCGCAUGAGUAGCCUGCGUGGCAGGCAGUUUUUAGGGAGGCGAAGGAAAUACCUCGUCUCCUUAAAAACCGCCUGCCACGCAGGUUACCGCAUGAUUUAAAACUCACCUGACACCAGAAAACCUCUGAACCCAUGGAUCACUUUGAAGACCAUAGUCGACGAGUAAUCAAACCAGUAUUCAAAACGGUGUAUGAAUAUUCCUUCAAACGUCGACUGUAGUCUUCAAAGAUAGAUUCCCGUUUGGUGACGUGAUUGUGCCACUUUAUAUUGUUUGGAGCCUGAUUAGCUUAUAUAUAAUAAAAGAGUGUGUAUCAUAUAAAAUCCACCAUUGGCCAUAGUUGUAUCAAACCCGUUGUAUGAACCUCCCAUUAUUUUCAAACUAACGAGUAUCAACAAUCUCUGUUGUUUAUAUACGUCUGGUGUAGUUGUGGUGUUUAACAUAGGUGUUCAGUUUUUUUGCUGAUGUUACUCUGGAUGUCUCCACACCGGGAAAACUGAACAAAUCUCCCCUUAUUUUUCAGGUUGAGCAUGAGUAGUAACAAAGGUUUCUUUGGUCUAUACCGCAGCCGAGGCAGAACCCCAGGUUCAAUAUUUUUUCCAUAAAACUGAAUAUUUUGUUUAUAUUUUACAAUCAGGGUUUAUCAAAAGCCGAUGAGAAAUGUCUCAGUGCACUGAGUAUUGUACAAGUGUUGAGAUCUCCAUUGAAACCUCCAGUGGUUCUUGCAAAGGGUCAACCUUGGAACACUAAUGCAAACCUCAGGUGAACUAUUUUUACUUAUAAAAACCUCGUAUACUAGGUAUAGGCCCUAACUUAGCUAACCUCGUUUCUACUUCAUACAGAAAACUUGAAAAUACUGAACGAAAGUUCAAGCAAUUAAAACUUACAAAUGCUUGCUGGCCUAAGUGUUGAUUCGAAUUACAAAAUUCAUUUGCUACAAGCUAGUUUCUAACUACAAGCAACCAUGUACGUAGGUUCUUCCCUCUGUAUAACAGAAUAACUCAAGCUUGUAAGAAACGGCCCAUUAGGAUAAAAAUGCAUGUCAGCCAGAAGGUGGCAGAAAAAAUAUAUCACAACACGAAAAAAAAACAUGUACUGUACACCAAGCGAACGGUAAAAAAUCCAUGCAUGGCAGAAACUUCCUCCCCCCUUCACUUUUCUAAUUGCCCGUCCCUAAAAUGAAGAUGUGUAGUUACAGUAUGUGUGCAAAACCUUCGUGGUCCCGUGGGAAAGCUUCUUCAGUCGCCUGACUGCUUUAUUAAUUGUUUCUCUCUUUUUAGUGUUUCCACCACAACGUACUACAAAUACUUCAUCUCUAGUUACUCUAAGGAAUUGCGUAUCAAAUUAAAGAAUUUCUGUUCUGCACAACAUAACUGUUCAUUAAAAUUGUCUUUGUCUGCUUCGUCAUUACCUACACACUCCUCACUGAGCUGCAUGGCUCCAUGUGAGCGGAAUGUUAGCUGGCCUCAAUCACAGUCAUACUAUUAUAUUGAGGUCAGUGGAACAAGUCAAUCGUACGAAAUAACAGCUAAUCAUACAGGUCAGUCUGCAGUUAACAAAUACAUUCCAUCUUGUUGUUUGUUCACAUAAAUAUACUCGUAUACAUCAUCGAAUUAUAUUAGAUGACGCCACUAGCACUGGCUCCACACUGUCACCGGGCAAGCUGGUUUGCUUGAUCAACGCUCUUGCCAACUGAGUGUACGAGUUCCCCCUAUUGACCCUAACUCUGACAUAAACAGAAGUCUAAGUAAUAAAACCUUUUACUCAUGAAAUAAAAUGACAUGGAAAUAGAAUGGCUGUUUUUCAUUCAGCCCGUUCUAUUAAAAUAGAAGCUGCGAUUACAUGACAAAAAAUUGAGCUACCCACGGAACCGAAUUUCCGAACGGGCUGAAAUUCAGCCUUUCAAAGCUUUAUCGGAAUGGUUCUACUUAACCGAGCUAAAUGCCCUCCAUGUAAUCACCUCCUAGAAAAUUCGACAGCUCCAUGUACAGAUUUAACUAGUGUUUGUUUUAGAAUUUUACAUUACAAAAUGAGAUCAUUAUUUAUUCUUUAUCAUAUUGCUUUACUUUGCUCACAUGAUAAUAUUGGAUACCUGGAUAUAUAAUUAAUUCAGUCCAAGGAUUGGGUGAAAUUAUGAGUACAAGAUGUUAUUUCAAAUCCUCAAAUUCGGACCGGACGGGAUUUCAAUCAUCAAAGUUAGUUGCACUCCUCGGCUUUCCUCGUCCUGGAACAGACUACUCGAAGUUGAAAUCCCGUGCAGUCCCCAUAUUUGGAUUUGAAAUAUUACAUCUGAUAUGUACGUGUUCAAUAUUUUUUCUAGAAUGCCUUCUAAACACUCCUGGAUGUACAGAGAUUACACCCAUGUUUGCACUGGAUCGUAAAAUUCUUGAAAAUAGCUGGCAGUAUUAUCUAUUCAACAGCACAAAUAUGUUUAGUUUGAAAUUAGAUCCUGACUACGUCGGAACAACUUUAACAUUUUUACUUUGGCCAUUCCACGAUAAGACCAGGGCGACAUAUAAGAUGUGUAUCACCAGAGAUUUAUUACCAUAUGAUUUCGUGGAAUCUGAUGAAUUUUCCAAGAAACAUUGCAGUGAGAAGAGUGAUGGUGUUUUACGUAUGGCGGUCCUCUAUCCACAAUCAGGAACAUGGUAUAUAGUUGUCACUAUCGAACCUCAUGAUCCAUUUUCAAGUUCAAACUUUAUUUUUCAUGCUAAAACCCAAACAUGCCUUAAUGACUGUAACAAACAUGGAUCAUGUGUGAUAAAGAGUGAUAUUGGAGUAUCUUAUGGGUUAUGCGAGUGUGAUUAUGGAUACAGUGGAUUUACGUGCUCUGAUCACCAUAGCCUGGAUAUACUCGCUGUGUGUUUACUUACAAUAAGUAACAUUGCUUUUAUCCCUGGAAUUAUCGUGGCUUGUUCCAGAAGAUUUUAUCCAGAAGCGGUUGUGUAUCUCUUUAAUAUGUACUGUUCAACGGUAAGACUUGAUUGAAUCAUCAAAUACGAUUUGCAUGAUAUAUGGGUUAGAAAUACCUGAGGAAGACUAUUAAAAAGUAAUUUGACUUCGCCAGCCGUCAGUAGGUAUAGUUACAGCGGGGCAGCUUCGUCCCCAGGCUCCAGUACGUGCGUGUGAUUUGCGACGCGCAGCUCUAAAAGCACCCCUCCCCCCAUUUCCCCCCUUUCCCGCCCACGCGUGUUUCUCGCGUGUUUCACCCGCACCGGGGACGGGCUGACAGCGUGGUCUUCGCUUGAAACGUCGAAGUAUUUUCCAUUUUUUCAGGUCGUUCAGAACCAAAGCACAGCAGCUUGUUGUGGAAUAGUAGCGAACUUAAGAUCUAGGACGCGGCCGGCUCAACGACGCGCUUGCGAAAGAAAGAAAUUUGUCAUGCAAGACAAAAACUGUGGAUAAUUUGUGGUCCCAGGAGUAUUCUCAACGGCUUUGUUACUCUCAACACAACGUAAAACUAAAAAUUCGAAAAAUCUUCAGACAUUUAUUACAGUAAUAAAAUUGCUUAGCGCUCAUUCUUGAGCUGAAAUUCAGACUGCGUCGUUGAGCCGGCCGCGUCGUGGAUCUUAAGCUCUCUAAUAUCUACUGUAUACUGGACCCCAAGUUUGAGAUAAAUUUUGAGUCGAUUUAUGUUAAUUCAGAGGGGAGUAGCAUCGUUGAGUUUAUUGCAAGCGCGUGGAGAAACAUCAUACACCACAGAAGUCGAAACUACUGAUCUAUAUGUGCCACUGAUAUGUGCCAAAAAUAAGACCUGCGGAGUAGGCAGGUCCCUAUAAACACAUGUACUCACUAGCUUAUAAGUAUUCGUAUGUUAUUCGUACUAUAGCUACCUGUCCUCUGAUAGGUACAAUAUGAACAGCGCAGCCACACCUACUGUUCGCCGCCCAGGAAUAUACUUACUGCAUUUGGCGACCUUCCACAUUUCCCGAAGUGACGACACAAUUACUGUGGUACAUAAUUUUGCGUUGGUAUUAGAUUAAGAUUGGGGUUGCGGUAUGGAUCAAAGUUAGGAUUUAGGUUAGGAUUUAGGUUAGGGUUUGGAUUAGAGUUGUGGUUGGGUUAGAGUGAAAAACGUAGUAUAUAAGUUACGAAAUUAAUUGUGGUUGCCAAUAUUGAAAUUGACUCAAAAUAAAUAUUACAGAGAGUUAUAGUUGUUUUAAGUCUGUCCAACAUUUUUAAACCGCGUGAAGUUGUUCAUGUAUAUAGAAAACUAACGCUGUCAUAGCCUGCGUAUUAGGACCCUGUUUCAGUUGAAAAUAAUGUUGAAUAAUCAGAAUGUUUUAUCAUUCCAGGUGUACCACGCAUGUGACAGCCAUGGUUAUUGCAUUUACGACUACAAUACCCUGCAAUUGAGCGACUUUUAUGCUUCAGUCCUUUCUGUUUGGUUUACUCUUGUUACAAUGAUUAAAAUGCGUUCUUUAUGGCAUCGAACACUGAACGUUGUAGCUGUAUUAUCUCUCUCCAUUGGUGUUCACUUAGCUCGUUUUGGUUUGUUGAUAAUUGCCAUCCCUAAUGGAAUUGGUUUAAUGUUUGUUCUUCUAUCUUUUGUAAGUAAAUGC